AUGCAGCCAACCUCUUGGGCUAAUUUCUUCACCAAUAUGCCACAUAUUUCGUUUCAAUUGAAGGCUGUGAAGAAUUCAUUCAAUUUAGAUCUGAAUGGAGAGUACAUUGAGAGCCUUUGUGUGCUUAUUAUUGCUUGCUUGGUUAUUAAUAUGAUGCUUACUUCAACCAUUAUCACUGCAUGGAUUUGUCAAUGCUGUCUAGCAGAACCGGUAAUUGUGAGAGAUGAGAAAACUGUUCGACGAACAUCUACAACAUUAUUAGUAUUCAGUGUUUUAACCUGCUUUUUGCUUUUGUUUGUACUUCUUGGAAAUGAACAGAUGAACAGAGGUAUCGUCUCGUCAAUCGAUAGUAUGGUAGACGUUCAUCGUCAUAUUAAUAUAGUUAGCCGAGAGACAGAAAAGUUGAACGAUACAUGUCAAAACUCCACUGUACACUUCGAUACAUUGACCAAUUGGAUGAACCGCUUGAGUAGGGACAUGGAAAAAUCAAAAAAGCCAAUAAAUCGAACGGUUUUCAACGAAGUGAAUAUAGUGAUGAGCUCUCUAAAAACUUAUAUAGGACAAUCUAUUGAGGGAAUUAAUGCCUUACAUGUUUAUAUGAAAGAUAGUUCAAUUCUACAACAAUCAUCAAUCUAUGGAUCGAGAAUAGAGCAUGAAAGAUGGACAACAAUGAUUCUUCUACAACUAAUUUCUAUUGCCGUGUUAGUUAUUGGAGUUUAUGCAUUCAGCCGAAUCUCUAGAAGAGCAAUUAUAUUUUAUGCUUCAAUGGGUUUCGUCAUAUUUAUACUCAUAUGGUGUUUGAUUGCUAUUCUUAUAGCCUCUACCGUAGCACUAAGUGAUUUUUGCCUAAACGGCCAGGGCUACAUCCAUUCUCAAAUAACUCAAUCUCUCUAUGAGCUUCUUCACUACUAUAAGGAUUGCUCCACUAGCAUUCAAAAGCCAAUUACUCCAUAUUUUCUGAAUGUUCCGCGCAUUAUCAAUUUUUUGAUGAAAAUGCUGAGUGCAGCAACUAAAGCCAAUAGCUUACUCAAGCACGCAUAUCAUAAUGAUUAUACAAUUAAUAAUUUUUCUGCAACCAUUGUGGAAGAUGCAUCUAAGGCCAUACGAAGUUUCGGUUCCGUCGAAGUUCAGUUAGAUUGUAACAUCUAUCAGAAAGACAUUUACCUGAUGUACAAAGGAACAUGUGAUCAAGCACUUUAUGGUUCUGCUGUAAUGACUGUUUCAUCCGUUAUACUGGGUGUCAUGUUUUUUGGGAUUCUCAUGGUGAUUCCACGCACAUGGUACAUUUUCCGAAAAUACGAUAACUUUGGACGAAUAUCUUGUCUUCAUAAGAAAAGUGCAAGUAGAACUAGCUUGGAUGAUCUUCAGCUCUCAACGCUAGAGGAAGCCAUUGGUGAUGCUGUAGACUUGGAUGACAACGUAUUCCCGUAA